GCUCUGUAGAGUAGAAGUAACAUUGAGAGAGAGAAAGGGAGUAAAACAUAAAUAGUGAUUUAGUGUGUAGAUAUUACAGUGAUUUAAGGACUUUAGGUUCUGUUGGAGGAUUGUUCUAGUGUAGUUUUGUAGCAGUCAGAAUGUGGCCUGUCUUCGUGUCUUUGGUUGCUUUGUGCUGGACAGGUGUGUCCAAGUCCUCCAUGGAGUGUCCCUGGAACAAGUUUCACCUGGGCCGCAUCAACAACAAGAUCAUCUUCCUUCUUGAAAACAUGGGAGGAUAUUUACCUCGACAGUGUGCGGAAAACCAGACUGCACCUAUUUUCCCACAAAAUGUCUUCAGUGAUGCAAAGGAGGAUUCGGUACCAAUACUUGCCUUGAAAACAUUGCAGCUGUUCUCACAAGUUUUUGAUGGCAAUCAGACCUCGAUGCCAUGGAAUCCGAUGACAGUACGGCUCUUGAACAACCUUGUUUUCCGCCAAACAAACAAUCUACAGCAGUGUGUGGACAAGGAUGGGGUGACGGAUGCAGAGACCCCAGCAACAGCCCUGGCCUCCUUUGCUGAUCAUCUGGCCAUCUUACACACUCAGGAGAACCAGAAGUGUGCUUGGGAGCUGAGACGUUACGAGUUCCGCUUGGCUUUCGCACAGCUCAAGAGAUUUCUAGACAAUCGAAGGAAACCAAACUCGACCAAUUAGCAAUGAGAAGAUAUUCAUAAUUCCUUAAGCAGCAUCUAUGGCUCCCGCUGUCUCAGCAGGGGCAGAGGCAUCCUGAAGGACACCACCCACCCCGGCUACCAUCUCUUCAACCUGUUGCCCUCUGGCAGGCGCUUCAGGUCCAUAUAUGUCAGAACAAAUAAACUCAGGAACAGCUUCUUUCCCAAAGCUGUCACCAUACUGAACUCAGAUCUGCACUGAUGUUUGUUGUCUGUUUGUGAUCUUUACUGUGUAUUUAAGUUUUAUUUAUUUUUAUUAUAUAUUUAUUUAUUUUAUUAUAUAUUGCUUUUGUAUAUAAUUAUAUAUUAUAUAUUCGAUAACAUGUGUUCACUUUUAUAUAUAACAAGGACCUAUUUAUAUGUGGAUGAAUGUGAGUGUGUGAGUAUGUAUGCAUGAGUGUGUGAUUAAACUACAUGCAAUAUUUAAAUAUUUGU